UUAAAUACCUGCCCGUAAGCCUGUAAUUGUACAAAAAUACGCACCUAAAUCCCCUAAUCCAAUUGACUUGUUUCCCCUUGUCGCAUUAUCUCACCCCUGUUACCCUGCCCUCAACCCUCCGUCAUCGGGGCUAAGCUUAGCACACAGUUGAAAAUUUCCAACUUAUUCAGCUUCGGUUUUUGCGUCAGCGGGUUUUGAAGAGAAAAAAAAAAGUCAAUGCCCGUGAAAGCCCGUCGACCUAAUAAUCCGCGAGUUAAGUAAGAAAAUCCACAUCGUGAAGAAUAUUUCCGGAUUUGUUCUUUCCCUAUCUCCUAGCCCCUCGCGCAUUAAUCCGGCCUAGCUUGAAUCUCAAAUCUCAAAUUCGCAACUUUACGGAUCUUAAAUGCGGCGGGAACAAGUCACAAGUACUUUCCUUACUCACCUCCGUACCUACACCCGCAAAGGAACUCGUUACUCAUCCCGGACUACCCCGAUUCUACACCAACUCCUUCCGGGGUCAGUAUAUGAACAUGGCGACUGAGUCCUUCACAAUUCGAACACCUUGUUCAUCGGCCAACAUCGGUCCGGGCUUCGACGUCAUCGGUCUGGCACUAUCCAUCUACCUAGAACUCCGCGUGACCAUCGACCGAUCCAAGGGCACCUCCACAGAGCCCUUGAACUGCCGCAUCACAUACGAGGGUCAAGGUGAGGGCUCCGACGAUGUGCCUCUAGACCCAGCCGCCAAUCUAAUUACCCGCGUCGCACUCUACGUGCUGCGCUGCCACGACCAGCGUGCAUUUCCCGCAGAAACGCACGUGCACAUCGUGAACCCCAUCCCAUUGGGUCGCGGUCUCGGGUCUUCGGGAGCUGCCGUGGUUGCUGGUGUUAUGCUGGGUAAGCAGGUCGGUGGCUUGCAUCAUCUAGAUGAUAACCGGCUUUUUGACUUCUGUCUUAUGAUCGAGCGCCACCCGGAUAAUGUCGGCGCUGCUUUGUUUGGUGGAUUCGUGGGUACAUACCUAAAUCCCCUAACACCUGAAGAUGUAGCACGUGUCGAAAUCCCGCUCAGUGAAGUGCUACCUGCGCCGGCUGGCGGUCUCGACACGGGUGAGAGACCACCCGAACCCCCGCAUGGCAUUGGCCACCACAUCAAAUUCCCCUGGGCCAAAGAAAUCAAAGCUGUUGCCAUUGUUCCCAACUUCCAGGUACCCACAGCAAAAGCUCGUGAGGUGUUACCCAAAGAGUACCCUCGUCAAGAUGUUACCUUCAAUCUGCAGCGAAUAGCGCUAUUGCCUGUGGCGCUAGGUCAGUCGCCUCCGGAUCCAGAUCUCAUCUACUUGGCCAUGCAGGAUAAGCUGCAUCAACAAUAUCGCCAGACCCUAAUUCCCGGUUUGGGCGAAAUCGUGGAGUCCAUGUCGCCUAGCUCGCAGGAAGGACUUUUAGGUGUCUGUCUGUCGGGUGCUGGCCCUACGAUCUUGGCAUUAGCAACCAGCAAUUUCGAGCAGGUUGCCGAGCGUAUUAUAAGCAGGUUCCGGAAAGAAAACAUCGACUGCCAGUGGCUGAUUUUGGAGCCGGCGGAGGGAACCAAGGUUAUCCGAUCGUGAGGAACGAGCUAAACAAGAGGAAAAAUACGUAAGCGAUAAAUUGAUACCCACGCAGCUACGCGUCAUCGUACCGUAGAGCAACCAACUACGGUGAUCGACUCGAGAUCUAGGAAAAAUAUAUCCAAAAUUAAGCUUAUUUUAUCCGAUGAAUGAGCAAGCGGUGGGUUAGGAAAACUUCUGAACAAGGCG